UUCUCUCUCCCUCUCCCAACAUGGCGGCCUCAGCAAAAAAGAAGAAUAAGAAGGGGAAGACUAUCUCCCUAACAGACUUCCUGGCCGAAGAUGGGGGAACUGGUGGAGGAAGCACCUAUGUCUCCAAACCUGUCAGCUGGGCUGAUGAAACAGAUGACCUAGAAGGAGAUGUUUCAACCACCUGGCACAGUAAUGAUGACGAUGUGUAUCGGGCACCUCCAAUUGACCGUUCUAUCCUGCCCACUGCUCCACGGGCUGCUCGGGAACCCAAUAUUGACCGGAGCCGUCUUCCCAAAUCACCACCCUACACCGCUUUUCUAGGAAAUCUACCCUAUGAUGUGACAGAAGAUUCCAUUAAAGAAUUCUUUAGAGGAUUAAAUUCUCUAGGUAACAGGAGAAUUCGAGUGGAUGUUGCUGAUCAAGCACAGGAUAAAGACAGAGAUGAUCGUUCUUUUGGCCGAGAUAGAAAUCGGGAUUCUGACAAAACAGACACAGACUGGAGGGCCCGUCCUGCCACAGACAGCUUUGAUGACUAUCCACCUAGAAGAGGCGAUGAUAGCUUUGGAGACAAGUAUCGUGAUCGUUAUGAUUCAGACCGGUAUCGUGAUGGGUACCGUGAUGGGUAUCGUGAUGGCCCCCGGCGAGAUAUGGAUCGAUAUGGAGGCCGGGAUCGAUACGAUGACCGAGGCAGCAGAGAUUAUGACAGAGGUUAUGACUCCAGGAUAGGCAGUGGCAGAAGAGCAUUUGGUAGUGGGUACCGAAGGGAUGAUGACUACCGAGGAGGUGGAGACCGCUAUGAAGACCGAUAUGACAGACGAGAUGAUCGGUCGUGGGGCUCCAGAGAUGAUUACUCUCGAGAUGACUAUAGGCGUGAUGAUCGAGGUCCCCCUCAAAGACCUAAACUGAAUCUAAAGCCUCGGAGUGCUCCUAAGGAAGAUGAUUCCUCCGCCAGCACCUCCCAGUCCAGUCGAGCAGCUUCUAUCUUUGGAGGAGCAAAGCCUGUUGACACAGCUGCUAGAGAGCGAGAAGUAGAAGAGAGGCUACAAAAGGAACAGGAGAAAUUACAGCGUCAGCUGGAUGAACCAAAACUAGAACGACGGCCACGGGAAAGACACCCAAGCUGGCGGAGUGAAGAAACUCAGGAACGGGAACGGUCAAGGACAGGAAGUGAGUCAUCGCAAUCUGGGACCUCAGCCACAUCUGGCAGAAAUACACGAAGGAGAGAGAGUGAAAAAUCUCUGGAAAAUGAAAUACUCAAUAAGGAAGAAGAUUGUCACUCUCCAACUUCUAAGCCUCCCAAACCUGAUCAACCUCUAAAGGUAAUGCCAGCCCCUCCACCAAAGGAGAAUGCUUGGGUGAAGCGAAGUUCUAAUCCUCCUGCUCGAUCUCAGAGCUCAGACACAGAGCAACAGUCCCCUACAAGUGUUGGGGGGAAAGUAGUCCCUGGUCAGCCAUCUGAAGAAGGACCAGCAAGGAAAGAUGAAAAUAAACUAGAUGGGGUGAGUGUCCCAAAAGGCCAUAGUGGGAACUCCAGCCGUGCUCCAGGAGAUGGAGGGAACAGAGACCAUUGGAAGGAGUCUGAUAGAAAAGAUGGUAGAAAAGAUCAAGAUUCCAGAUCUGCACCUGAGCCAAAGAAACUAGAAGAAAACCCAGCCUCGAAGUUCAGUUCUGCAAGCAAGUAUGCUGCUCUAUCGGUUGAUGGUGAGGAUGAAAAUGAGGGGGAAGAUUACACCGAAUAGACCUCUACAUCUUGUGCUUUCUCCUAGUCUCUCUCCACCCUGGAACAUUCAAGAGAAAAUCAAACUUCUAACCAGACACGAUAAUAAAACUCAACAUCUCCUGGAGACCUUUCUUAACUCCCCCUCCCCCAAUGAAAUGAAAUUAUUUUGCAUGCUGCUGCAGCCUUUAAAAGUAUUGAACUAACUGGAGAAUCAUCAAUGUGUCCAGACAGAAAAUACAGCUUUUU